UCCUUGAGCCAAACUGGCUAGGGCUGUUUUAUGAUUGUUUAAAUAUUUCUUCCCUGGAUUUAGUCAAACUUUUUGAUCAGUAAAUGAAACUCUUUUCUUUGUAGUAAAGUACUCAACUGUGUGGGAUAUUGCAUAGAUCUUGGAAGACUGCAAUAAAGUGGCAAUGUCUCGGGAACCCACCCCACCUCUUCCUGGAGAUAUGUCUACUGCUCCUAUAGCAGAAAGCUGGUGUUAUACACAGGUUAAAGUAGUAAAAUUUUCCUACAUGUGGACCAUUAAUAACUUCAGUUUUUGUCGAGAAGAAAUGGGUGAAGUGUUAAAAAGUUCAACAUUCUCAUCUAGCCCAAGCGACAAAAUGAAAUGGUGCCUGAGGGUAAAUCCAAAGGGAUUAGAUGAUGAAAGUAAAGACUACUUGUCCUUAUAUUUGCUUUUAGUCAGCUGCCCAAAAAGUGAAGUUCGAGCAAAAUUCAAAUUUUCUCUUCUGAACGCUAAAAGGGAAGAAACAAAAGCAAUGGAAAGCCAAAGAGCAUAUCGAUUUGUACAAGGGAAGGACUGGGGUUUUAAAAAAUUCAUUCGAAGGGAUUUUUUGCUUGAUGAAGCUAAUGGUCUUUUACCAGAUGACAAGCUUACAUUAUUUUGUGAGGUGAGUGUGGUCCAAGAUUCAAUAAAUAUAUCAGGGCAUACUAAUACAAAUACUUUGAAGGUGCCUGAAUGUCGACUAGCAGAAGAUUUAGGUAAUCUCUGGGAAAACACAAGAUUUACAGAUUGCAGUUUUUUUGUGAGAGGACACGAAUUUAAAGCUCAUAAAUCUGUACUUGCAGCUCGAUCCCCAGUUUUUAAUGCAAUGUUCGAACAUGAAAUGGAAGAAAGCAAAAAGAAUCGAGUGGAAAUAAAUGAUGUAGACCCUGAGGUUUUUAAAGAAAUGAUGAGAUUCAUUUACACAGGGAAAGCACCAAACCUUGAAAAAAUGGCUGACAACUUGUUGGCAGCUGCAGACAAAUAUGCACUGGAACGGCUGAAGGUCAUGUGUGAAGAAGCUUUGUGUAGUAACCUCUCCGUAGAAAAUGUUGCUGAUACCCUUGUCCUUGCAGAUUUGCACAGUGCAGAACAGUUGAAAGCACAAGCCAUAGACUUUAUUAAUAGGUGCAGUGUACUUCGACAGCUUGGGUGUAAAGAUGGGAAAAACUGGAACAGCAACCAAGCAACGGAUAUAAUGGAAACAUCAGGGUGGAAGUCCAUGAUUCAGUCUCACCCUCAUUUAGUAGCGGAAGCCUUCCGAGCACUAGCAUCUGCACAGUGUCCACAGUUCGGCAUUCCACGUAAACGGCUUAAACAGUCCUGAAAUCUUCCAUGAACUGUAGAGAAAUGGAACUGACUUUUAUUUCUCCAGGUCCAGAAGGAUUCUAAUAGACAAACCAUAAGCAAGAGUUGUUUCUGUUGUCUUGUCCACAGAACAGAAGCUGAAAAAGCAUAUUGCUUGCAUUUCAGGUGGAUAAUUUAUGGUUUAUUCUUCAGCUUUAAAUUAGACUGAUAUACUCUAAUUCACUUCAAGGCCUUAAAUUAUCUCCAAUGACUUCUCUUGUUCAUAUAAUACUUUACUUUUUUUAUUGUGCCUUGUCAUUUUGACCAAGGCUAUGUAGGAUUGCACUAGCUCCAUAAUGCAGUAAUAUUGAUAACUGAAGAUGUUAAGUUACAAAGGAAUCUUCCAUUAGCUUCAGAAAAGCAAAAGCAAAAUUAAUUUUGUAGGGUUUGUGCUAUGCUAUCUUAAAGUUUAAAACUAGGUUCUUAAAAGCACUUGUAUUGGAGAUAAUGGUCAAUGUCUCCGAUCUAAGUUCUAUAAAUACAGGAGAACCUGCUUACCUUCAAGGUAAGUUAUGGCAAUACACUGCUUCAGUUCUAAUUUAUUUUCAUUUCAGGGGGCAAUUAUGCAAUGAGUUGGCCCAAAUUUUUAGUAGAAUUUGUGGUGUUUGUAUGUUAACUGUCCAGCAAACUAAGAAGCAUAACAAACCUUUGCUUGUGUUUCUUUGUGGGUUUAUCCAAGUUUACAAUUAUUGAGAACUGAUUGAGGUUAAGAUUUCAAUAAGAAGAAAGCAUGUUUUGUGCUGAAUUAAUUUUUUUUAAUUUAUAGUGGCCUACAUUUAUAUGAAGAAUUCUGUACAUGUUAAAAGUAAGGAUGACCAAAUGUAAAUUUAAUGGGUGGGCCAAUUAAGAGAGGUAUAUAUGCACUUUUAAUGUGUAACUUUUGUAUGCUGAAUGGUACAUAUAUUUUUUUGCUUUUGAGGGAAUUAAUAAGGUAUAAUUAAUUGUGUCUUAACUUUUUAAAGAAUUUUUUAAGACAGAUGGAGGUAACUGGGCUGUUUGUGAUAAUAGAUAAGAAAGAUAUCCUUCAUUAUAGUUAAUUUGGUUUCCAUUUCAUAUAAUCAUUAUUGAAUUCACUCCUUUUUUAUCACACUUUGGAGAAGGCAUCUGAAUAAAAAAUGAGUUCCUGACAGUGUACUCUCCUUCUAAAAACAACAAACUGAUAUUAUUUGCAGAAUAAAGGAGAGAACCCUCAGAAAUUCAUCAGGCCACAUUCUGAACCUUCCCCACCCCCUCCUAGUUUUCUCCUGUCUGUUUCAGUUACUGUACUAACAUUGUGGAUGAUACUGAAAUUCUGCAUAAUGUGAACAGGAUAAACUAUUUAUAAACUGCUUUUCACGGGCCAGUUCUUUAUUAUAAAUGAAUUUCAGCUUUAAACACAGGCACAUGUUCAGUGUGUGAUAGCUCUGUGCACAGUGGAGGUCUGCUCUGGUGCGUUGUCCUGGGGAAGGAGGAGCUAUCAGUGUCACGUCACUGCAUCUGAUUUCUUAGGCAAGAGUUAUAUUGGACCACAAGGGGAAAAGUGUGUCACUGGAAGAAAAAUGCAUAUACCUAUAUAUUUGCAUAUAUAACUUUAUUCUCCAGAUUAAAAUUUGUAUAAUUUGUUAUUUAGUUUCUGAAUUUAGGGCAAAAGGAAAAAAAAUCAAGCCUAAGGUUUUAAAAUAGAUUAUUUUUUGUUAUCUCUUUGUUAGAUAUUCACUGAGCAAUUCUCUAAUAUAUCAGUAGUGAUUCACAUUUACAUUGAACAACACUGUCAAAUAAGCAUUUGUUACCCAUAACAAACUGGAGUUGGAAAAGAUCUUAUUUUUUUCAGAUAUCUUCAUUUCAUUCUGUGUAGUUUCAUUGGGUCUUUGUUGUGUUAACUUAAAUUUGAAAUUGGAAGAAUCCCUUGGGAUAGAAAAAGAUUCUUACAUGUUAAUGGACUCCAUCCUAUGUAACAAUGCUAUAGGCAGCAGAAAUUCACUUUCUUAACUUCAUCAUAAUACUGAAUUCAUUAAAUUUACAUUGUACAAUGUAAAAAAUACACGCACAUACACACUAAGAUUUUAAUUUAAAUUUUGCCUGAGUCUUAUGAGAAAACAAAAACUUCCUCAGGCUAAAGAAUUUUGUUGUCAUAUAUCAAAAAAAAUAUUGAUGUACCCAUUUACAUCAGAUGCACACAGGCACAUCAUGGGUUAAUUCACUGCUUGAAUCUACAUUUCUAACCAUAGUGACUUCAGUAAUAACACCAUAUAAUGAACAUUUCAGCUUGCCCUCACGUGUUUUCAUGUUUAUUGCAAAUCUUAAGGGUUUUAUUAUAAGUAUUAUUUUUUAGUUUGGUAGUAUAUUUUGUACCAAAAGCGUCAAACACUGUGCUGUAAGAAUAUCCAUGUUUGUAGAAAUGUCCACUUUUCAGAUAAUAUAAUGCCUACCUUUAUACUAACAGAACCAUAUGGUAGUUGAUUUUUUUUUAAUUUAUUAUGUAUAUUUUUGGUAUUGUGGGUUCUUGAGGCUAUGAUAAAAACUGUUAUGUGUUCUGACACAAGGCUCUAGUAGCCUUUUUUAGGGGUUGUUUUUUAAAAUAUCUUUAUUGAUUUCAGAGAGAGGAAGGGA